GGCAAGCAACUCGUAGCUUUACUGCACUCGCUCGUUGUUAGCCACACCGCGCUUCCUUGAGCCUUCUUACUCUCUGUUACUCUCUGUUUUGUCCGUAGUCGGUGUUUAAGGAAGUAGACAACAUUGUCUACAGAUAGUUAUGCAGCCUGCUGGCUCCAUUAGGAAACCUGCUUGCGCCUGGUCCUUACACAUACCGCUGCACCUGUCGCCUACACCGGCCCCACAACCGGAGCCGGCAUCAUGAUUUCCAUAGCAAACUCAAACCGGUGACACUUAUCUUAACCGAUGGGCCGUCGACGUCGCAGCAACCCAGGCCAUUGCCGUACAGUUCCUGCUCCGACGCCACCGCUGACAGUGGCAUGGCAGCGGCGACGACGGCGGCGACGGCGUCUUGCCGCCCACAGCACAGCCGCUCCCAUCUUGCCAACUGCUGGCACCGUCACCUCGGCACUACGGAGCGGCCCCAUAGUAAUCCUUCCACCACCUCCGUUACCAAUUGACAGCAAGCCUAGCAACCCCUCCCUCAACCGCUUCCUCCAUCGCAUCUGCUGCUACCACUGCCACCGCUUUUCCGCUCCAUUCUACCAUCCACGCCCCUCCUGCAAAUCCUUUCACGUCCCCAUCUACCGUUCGCCGCUCCCACCUUCCCUCUCAGCUCUCCUCCAGCUCACAUGUCUCCUCCUGGCCUCAUCUCCGACUCCUUCUGCCGCGGACAACAGCACCACCACAACCACCACCAGCUCCUCGGGCUUCAACUGGAAGGGCGCCGCUCUCAUCGCCGGCAUGGCCACCGUGGGCGGACUGCUCUUCCUCAUCAUGCUCGCCAUCCUCAUACACUACAUCCGCCGCAGCCGAGGAUACAAGGCAUCCGAAAACAGCGACAAGACAGAGGCAGCAGGCGCGCAAGCGGCUCCGGAACCCUCGGAGGCGGAGGCCGCAGCUAGGGCGCAUGAGGAGGCGCCUCCAGAGCCACCGCCGCACCCACCCGUCCCUCCGGAGGCCGUGCCGGAAAGGAUCCCCAGCAGGCCGGGUACCGCCGCGUCGCAGCGGCAGGGGCGGCCCGCGUCGCAGGCAGGGCGGCCCCAGGGGGAACGUCCGGGGACGGGGAGGGUGGGCGGCUGGAUGAACCCUGCGCCGGGACCCGAGGGGGCUCCUGUCCCAGCCGACAGGACGCCCGUCACGCCCCUGCGGAACCCGCACCCCGGGAACCACAGAGGACCGAGGCACAUGGCGGGAAUGGGCUACCCGCCAGGCUACCCCGGGCACAUGAUGAUGCCUAUGCCGUAUCCUAUGAUGAUGGAUCCAUACAGCAUGUACGGCAUGGACCCGUACAGCAUGUAUGGUAUGGAUCCGUACGGGAUGAGUAGUAUGUACGGCAUGGACCCGUACGGCGGAGGCGGGGCUGGUGCAGGCAUGUAUAUGGAUCCGUACGGCAUGUACGGCGGCAUGGGUCCGUACGGCGGAGGGUACUCGGUGCCACCGUUUGGUUGGGGGCCUGAACAACACCAAUCCAAGCAGGGACGACAUUAGUAUUGAGGCAGGCUUGAGGUAAUUAGUGCCUAUUGUGGUAGCAACAACUAUUAGUUUUGCGCUUGGGUGCGCGUUGUAUAGCAAGUGGCUUGAUCUUCGUGUGCAUGCAGAACGUUCCACACAUCAAGUUCGUAAACCCCUAUAUGACACCCAGUUAACCCGUAAACCCGUGUAGGAUGUGCAGCUGUGCAUCACGGUAUUCAUAGUAUUCUUUAUUUUAUUUCAGACGCUGCAUGUGCGGGGACGAGGUUUCUUCUCCGUGAUGUGGAGCUGUGGACCCCUUGGGCCUGAGGUGUUUAUUGUACAGUCGUUGUACGGCCAAUUACCCAAUGGCAGGAGUUCGGCUUGCUUCCUUUGAGGAGAGAUAUCAUUGCGCACAUUUUGUACUUAUCACAUAGCUUAAAUGUAACUUUGCAUCCACAUUAUAUCUACCGCUGUGACGGCCAGACAAUUCAUUUUGGCACCUAAAGCACCUUAUAGAGCACACUCUGGCAUAGCUCUACUGGAGAAGAUUAGCAAUGUCAGGCGUGCUCUUAAGGGCGUGCGGGCUGGGCCUUACUGGAGCAGCUUCGACCUCAGCCAUUAGCAAACUCCAAAAUGCGUUCGUCACCGCUGGUAGCAGCUACAGGAACAUGGCUGUGUACGUCGAGGUCAAGGAAAAUCGUGUUCAGCAGGCGCUGUCGGAGUUGAACCGCUUGCGCAAUGAUGCGGGUCUACCAGAUGAGCUCCGCAAGCGGCGAUACUACAUUAACGGAAGCGAUGCACGAUUUCUACGCGAUAAAAACGCGUACAAGCACGCUGUCGGCGCUGUAGUGGUUGAGCGCAUUAAAUGGGUGAUGCGGCGGAAAGGAACCAAGUGACGAGCCCUUGCCAUGUUGGGCUCCACUUUUGCAAAUACUCAUCGUAGGUGCAGUUUGGCUUCAAGGGCUUGCUGGGGAGGCUGGUUUGCUAAGUAGAGCAGCUAUGUUGGAGAAGAGGAGGACCUUCAGCCGCAGACCGAUGCGACGGCUGUCAUGGGGCUGCUCUGGGGGUGGUUGGCACGCGAGAAACAUAUAUGGCCUCGUUGGGCUUGCGGUCAAUGGCAUUACCUCUUUCCCUUUCUCCCCCUGAGGUUUGGGCAUAGGAGAGGGCAUAGGUGGGGUCAACAGGAGGUGGGCCCAGCUUUGUUGCACGAUGGGGCCACGAAUGCAUGGGCGCUUUCUCUUGCGCCUGCUGGUCACGUGUUCGCCAGCAUAGCACGGGAGGAGUAUGGCAGCAUGGCACAGGCGGGAGAACUCCUAGCUGCUCCAGUUUGUGCCGCCUUCGUAUCUUACGUGUGUAAAAAAACUGGCGACUAUGAACGUACGUGUUUGUUUGGUGGUGUCAGGUGUGGCAGGUAUGGCCCUUCUGCACAUGAGGCCGGUGGGCGCGGUUGCGGUCGGGGCAACCGAGAAUGGUUUCAGCGCCGGUUCGAAGUUGUCGUACACGCUCAUGGUUUCAGCGGAUAGGCGCUUGCGGCCCCCAUGUGGGUUGCGUGGUGGUUGUCAUGGUGGCCAAACGCUAACCGUCGCAUCCGGCAUGUGAGAGGCCGCUUUGCGUGUUGUAAGCUACAUGGACAAUGGCUUUUGCUGGGGUUCUGUUCCGGUGGGAAGCUUGACGGGCCGCAGCAGGUCAAAGCCGGCCAGCCAGAACUCCGUGUAGUGCUGCGGGUAGCUGGACAACGGUUACCGGUUAGCCUUUUGGUGCCAGCACUUGGUGCUGCGUCGUGCGGUGGCACGCAUGUUGCAUGGUGCUCUUCAUCUGGCUCUGUAUAUCUAUUCCAUCUGC